UAUCGAUAACCUCAAUAUCGACCAAUCAUUAUCGCAUGUCAAAGGUUAUCUUAACUCCACUCGCGUUUCAGUUUGUAGAACCGCCAGUCGGUACACUCUUCAACAUCAAAAUGGGCAAAAUCAAUGGCGGACCUGUGGUUGAAAUGCAAGGUGACGAAAUGACCAGGGUCAUUUGGGAUCUGAUCAAGCAAAAGUUGAUCUUGCCCUUUGUUGACCUUGAACUUCACACAUAUGACCUUGGUAUUGAGAACAGAGAUGCUACAGACGACCAAGUAACAGUUGAUGCGGCCAACGCAAUCCGCAAAUAUAAUGUUGGUAUCAAAUGUGCCACCAUCACUCCAGAUGAAAAACGUGUGGAAGAGUUCAAGCUGAAGAAAAUGUGGAAGUCACCCAAUGGAACGAUCCGCAACAUCCUUCGUGGCACAGUGUUCAGAGAGGCAAUCAUUUGUGAAAACAUCCCUCGACUGGUGCCAGGCUGGACUAAGAGCAUUGUCAUAGGCCGUCAUGCAUAUGGUGACCAGUACAAGGCUACAGACUUUGUGGUGCCUGGACCUGGAAAGCUGGAGAUCAAGUUCACACCGGACGACGGAAGUGCGCCCAUGGAAUACACUGUGUUCCAGUUUGAAAAUACUGGUGGUGUUGCACUGGCUAUGUACAAUACAGAUGAGAGCAUUCGAGAGUUUGCAUAUUGCUCCUUUGAAUAUGCCUUGGGUAAAGAAUGGCCUCUGUACCUAAGUACAAAAAAUACCAUUCUGAAGAAAUAUGAUGGUAGAUUCAAGGACAUCUUUCAAGAGAUUUAUGAUAAGGAGUACAAGGGGAAAUAUGAGGCCAAGAAAAUCUGGUACGAGCAUCGUCUGAUAGACGACAUGGUCGCCUAUGCCAUGAAGUCCGAGGGUGGGUUUGUGUGGGCGUGCAAGAACUACGAUGGAGACGUGCAGUCAGACUCAGUUGCCCAAGGGUUUGGAUCACUUGGAAUGAUGACCAGCGUGUUGAUAUGUCCAGAUGGCAAGACCAUAGAGUCUGAGGCAGCCCAUGGAACGGUUACACGCCACUAUAGAAUGCAUCAGCAGGGAAAAGAAACAUCAACCAAUCCAAUUGCAUCCAUUUUUGCAUGGACGCAAGGUCUACUUCACCGUGCAAAGCUUGACAACAAUGAUGCGCUGGCCAAGUUUGCCAAUAAUCUGGAGGCUGUAUGUGUGGAGACAAUUGAGGCAGGCCAAAUGACCAAGGACCUGGCUAUAUGCAUCAAGGGUAACAGUGUCACAAAGGCAGACUACUUGAACACCUUUGAGUUCCUUGACAAGCUGGCAGAGAACCUUGUGAACAAGAUGGGCAGCAGUUGACUGCAAGGCUCAAGGCUCUGAACUCCCCAGACAUGGCCAAGCCAAAUCGCAAGAAAGCCUAAAUUACUUUUAAUCCCAGUGAAACUUGUUUGUUCUACAUUCCUGUUUAUCUGUUUUUUUUCUAGUUAAUGUUUCAAAUCCCAUGUGUUUUUUGUAUAGUAUUCAGUAUCCCUAACCUUUUACUGUUGAUUCACACUUUGAAGUUUUCGUAGUCAAUUAGUUAAUCAAUAAAAUUUAAGACAUUUUUACUGCAUUUAAGUUUGAAAACCUUUAUUUUUAACCCUAAGAUACUAAAGAGCAGCAAACAGCAUACAAUCUGAACAGACUGCGAGUAACUUGAAUACUUUCCUAGUUUUAUGCUGGUUUCUUAUAGCCGUAAUAAUUUUCUUCUGAGCAGAUAAGGUUAAACAAUGUUUAUGUUCAGCAGUGUUUAGUUGUCAUUGUGUUUGUUUUAAAUACUUCUUAUUUUAAUAUUGGUUCAUUUCAACUGUAUGUAUCAUAAUAUAUAGAGCUAUGUAAUAUAUGUUAUAAAAAUGUAUCAUUAUCCUUUGUAAAAAAAUUCUCUUCAUUUCUUAUUUCAUUGGUACCUUGGCAAAGUUGUGUAUUAUUGUAAUGAUAUUAUGAUGAAAGCAAAAUUAACAUAGCCAUAGUUUCUAACAAUGUCAAGUCAAUCUUACGUGUUUAAGUUGAUACAAAAUCUGUGAUGUUCUCAUUUUAAUAUAUAUUUUUUUAAACUAUACAAAAUUUAGUCAUUUAUAUAACUGUGUUACACUAGACAUGUAAUAUGAGAUGUGAUAUGUUUUACACUUUUCGUUACCGGUAUAUAAUGAUCUUUUUAUCUGGAUUUUUAUCUAUUUUCCAUAUGUAUUUUGUAAUAAAUAGUUUGCUCUAGAAUGCUGGCAUUACAUAGAUUGCAUUUGCUAUAAUAAUGGCUAUUAUUUUAGUACGUCUUUAUUGUUUUGUCAUAAGUAACACGUGUACAUUUUAAAUCAUGUUUGAUCUGUGAAGAAAAUGUGCAAAUGUUCAUACUUUAAAAAAAAGCAUGUUAACAUUUGAAUACAUUGAUUUAUUCGAGAAAGUUGUAAGAAAAAAAAUGUUGAAAAGGUUCAUCCGUAAUAAUAUGUUUUUCUUCGUAAAGCUUUGCUUUAAAUGUUGAAGAGUAUUAUAUAAUGUGAAAUAAACGAGUGUAUUCUGCAGUUGUAUGCACUUUUUUACCUUCCUUUGUUUUUGGACAGGGAAAGGGUGAUAGAACGUAAUUAUAUAAUGUUACCCUUAUUAAUGAAUAAUUUAAAACCGUUAAAAUUUCCUGUCUCUUCCAUAACUUUGCUGAAUAAUAAUGGAUUUUAUAAUUACUUGGCACAAAUCUAAACCAUCAUUAGACGACCUGUCGCUUGUUGCACCAUUUUACUUUUCUGGAAGGUUAAGGACACAAUUACAAGUCAAAAGUAAAAUUUGACCAAAAACUUCUAGACAUUUUCUGUCUUAACCUUAACUUCCAUAAUAAUGCUGGAUUUUAAAAUAGCUUGGCAAAUUGGUAAAACUUCAUUACACAAUUUGUUGCUGUAUAGCAUCUGUCUCAUUUUCUCGUAGGUUAAGAUCACACUGAGAGGUCAAAUCUCUAAUUUGCCACAAAACUGCUUGUCUAGAUUUAAAUUUUGUCAUUUGUAGUGCAAUAAAAAAAAAAAGUUACUAAAAAUGACCAUCAAAAGAAGACAGAGUGUCACAUGUAUCAAACUCCUGGCCUUAAGGCUUAAGGUAUUACUUGGGGUCCAAAAAAAAAAUUUAGCCGUAACAUAUUGUGUUUUGUUUCAGUUGAUAAUAUUUUGUAUCUAUUUUAAAUUCAUAUAAUUAUAUCUUGUAGAAUAUGAUGUUAUGAAAGAAAAAAAAAGACGCAAAUAAUACAAAAUUAAUACACUUUGUAUGCAACUAUUUAUAAUUGUAUUCAUAAUUAUUUCUUCGCAUCAUUAUUAAACUUUCAAACGUA